UUGGUUAAAUUGUCCGAAAUCUGCAAUUUUUGAGGUGGUGAAGAUCGAGCAAUUCACCUUCAGAGUGUGGACAGCUAUUUGGACAAGUUCUGGGCAGUUUGUUCUCAGGCAUGCCGAAAGCUCGGCCCAGGAGUUUCAAGUUCAGACAAAAGGUCCAUCGUACAAACUGUGUCAGCGGAAAAACAUCUGUGCAAUUCUUGGACCCCACAAAAAUCUGCAGCACAUCUGAGCAGCCCAUUUCACCACCACCCAACUUCCUACCACCACCACCAUCACCUCCUCCAUCAGAUGAUCCUGUGCAGGACACACCACAGCCUGACCUAUAUGCCCGUCAGAAGCAGCGUGAGGUGAAUGGAUGGAGGAACAUACAUGACCAACUUCUCACCACAAGUGUCGAGUUGGCAGCGCCCACAUCAACGAGAUGUGCAUUUUGCAAACAAGAUCAAGAAGAGGACAUGACAAUCUACAGAUGCCAGGACUGUGGACCAACAGUAUACUGUCUGAAUUGUGUACGUCUGCACCAUCACAAGUCACUUCAUCUGCUUGAAGUAUGGAAGGAUAAUUGUUUCCAGCCAUUUCUAGAUAGCAGGAGAAUCCUUUUGUCCCGUGACAACCACAGUAACUGCCCGACAAAAUCAGUGACCAGGACUAUGAAAGUCUAUGAUGAUUCAGGACGGCCCAGAGUCGUGGACAUAACCUUUUGUGACUGCGAGCCAGACCCCUGCACUCUUCUUCGAUUUGGGUUGUGGGCAGCAUCAACUGAGUCACCAGGAACAGCAUUUUCAGUGUCCCUUUUGGAAUGGCUGGUUUGUCUCAGCCUAGAGUGCCACGUCUCAGUGGAAGGGUUCUGUAAUGCAGUUAGAUGGAAGAACAAUCUGUCUCAUUCUGAGGUAAGCAGCCUGUAUAGGGCAUUGAUUGGAGAACCGAUUGCAGAAUUCCGCCAUUUUCAUUACAAGACGUCCACAUUGAGGCAUGUAUGUCCAGAACUUGAUGAUGGCACAUCUUGUCCAGCAUGUCCAAAGAGAGAUGGAGAGCAGAUUGUGACUUUGGAUGCCAACUUUGGCCUGGUACGGAAGUCAAGCUCAGGCAAGAGCUACGAGGAACAUCAUCAUGGGAAUAGGCUGUUCGCGAAGGACGAUGAAGUACAGUGCUUCGUUGAGGCUUAUUCAGAUGCCAUCAAACCCAGUGAGGACUGCAGCAACUUUCAGGCUGGCUCACGUUUAAGAUCGAAGAAUAAACAAAAGAAGCUGGAUGUGACAGGGGUGUUUGGGGCGGCCUGUAGGCAUGAGAUGCCAUUGGCCUUUCUAAACAUGUCUCACGGAGAGAGGUUGGGAUACCCUGUCUACAUGAUACAAAAGCUCCUCAUGCUGAAAGAGGACAGCAAUGUUCGUCUGAAGGUCGUCUAUGACAUUGCCUGUGUGCUGCAGAAACACUUGUCUAAUCCCAGAAAUGGAGAAGUGGAGAUGCUGGACAAGAUAGAGUUGGCAGUGCCAGCAUUUCAUGCCUAUGGACACAUCACCAGUUGCCAGCUAUUGUACAGCACACGGCGCAAAGAGGGGUUUGGCCUCACAGAUGGAGAGGGCAUGGAGAGGAUGUGGUCCUAUCUGAGACCCUUCUUCCGUGUCACCAAGGAAAUGACACCAGCGCACCGACUGGACCUUCUCACUGAUGCUACUUUGCAUUACGGUAGACGAAAAGCUGCUGACAUAGAGGAUAACCUGUGCCAAAGAAUGAACAAAGCAAAGAAAAUGUUCAUUCAAGCUGAGGAGGAAGUAGCCCAGGUCAUUGCAGAAGCACCUGUUGUAGUGUCAGAAGACGAUAUAAUGAUGUGGAGAAGAGAAGAAAAAUCAGCUGCCUGUCAACCAAGACAGGGAUCCUCAUCUACAGGUGACAGUCCUAAGUGGAAGAAGGACUAUGCUGUCAAGAUAGUGGAGUACCGGUAUUACACAUUACGAGAGGACAUUGCUGACGGAGCUGACCUGCAAGUUUCUACUUCUCUUCUACGAGGAAUGCAGGAGAAACUGCAGGCUAUUGAAACACGACACAACAUCAGACAACGUUGGACAACAACAGAUCCCCAGUUCCAAAAGGUGUUGAAGGAAGUAGAUGAGGAACAGCGAAUGCAGCUGUUGAGCAAAGCUAGAAGAGAAGCUUCAGAAAUGGCAUUUCUGAUCACCCUGAAAGGAAAGUACCCAGAUGGACAAGCUAUUGCCAUAAGGAUCAUUGGGCAGAUCAAAACCAUUACUGCCAAGCUGGAGAAGACCUGCAAGAUGUACAACAACAUCCUGUGGCCACCCCAACACAGCAGGUUCCCGGCAUCCAUAGACCCUGCAGAGGCACGUCAGCUCCAUUGGGAAGUGUACACAAGCUUGGACAUAACACUUCCGGGUCAUGAAGGGGUACCACAUAGUCUUCAGAGGAAGGGCAUCGAUGCAGUAAACAUGAAGCUGCGUGCUGAGGAAGAAAAGCAGAUGCUGGAAAAAGAGAUGAAGGAAGUAAUGAAGCAUUUGAUUGAACAGCAUUCGUGCACAAGGCUUGCUCUCUGGGCAAGUGACAAAAAGGGAGAACAGGCCCUACUUGCCAGCCACCUUAUUCAAUUGGAAAGACGGCUACAAACUGCAAAAUGGCAGUUUGAAGAACAUAUUGAUGGUAUUUCUGAGAUUCCUACGAUGCAUCUAUCAUCUAACAACAUGCCAGAUCGUAGUCUGUACACUGAAGAAAUGCAAAACCAGCUUGUUGACCUUGAGCAGAAACAACUGUCUGAUGAUGAUGAUGAUGAUGAUGGUGAUGAUUACAGUACUUGGCUACCAUUCCAAAAUGGGGACAUUUCAUGAAUAUGUAUAGUCAAUGGAUGUGAUAUACUUAGCAUGCUCUGAGCUUAGUUGUAGCUUAUAGACAUUAAGUUGAAAGAUAUGUUUGAUUAACAUUAACAUGGUGCAUUUAUAUGUAAUAAGUUUAUUGCAAGCAAGUUCUUACCUGUCAGUGUGUACAAAUUGCAAAAAGAAAAGAACAAAUCUUAACAUGAAGUGUAUAUAGCACAAUACAUAUAUGAUGCGAGUAAAAGCUGACCCAUUAGACAAGAUUGUGACAUGUUUGGGUUUGAUAUCAUUUCCUGAGUGAAGGAUGAAAGGUUCCAAUUUGUCUGCAAUGUGUUGGGUUUGGGAUGUCAUAUACCUUGAUUCAAACACGGGUAAUUCAGAGUGGGAAGAAUUAAAUAGUUCUAGAUAUUUUCCCAUAGCACGUCAUGUGUGUGUUGUUUUACAUGUCUUAUAAGAGAUUAUAUAUAUAUACGUGUAUAUAUCAAUACUGAAAUUAUUAAAAAAGGUCUGUUCUUGAAGUACAGUCAAAUAUUUCCAUUACAUUUUGUAACAAAGUUCUUCUCUGGCUAUAUGUAACAAAGCUAUAAGAAAGAACAUCAACUCGAAAAGGGCUUGUAACAGAGUUCAUUUGUAUCAGGCGUACCAUAUAGCAGUACAGAAUAAACAAAGUGUUUUAUUCACAGCCGACGUUUCGGUGACCGUCUUUCACCUUCCUCAUAUCAGUCAAUUCUGACCGGUUCACAUUUCACCGGCAUAGUACGGGUGUCACUACUGUAGAUGUGUUCCCAAAUGUACAAUAUUUUCAUCUCUUUAUUCAGUGACAUACAAACCAGAUUAAACUACCCGGUAUUCACGAAUAAAGCUGUACAUGCUGCAUAUGUUUUGCAUGUCUUAUAAGAUCAUAACUUACCUAUAUCAAUUAUGACAGAAAGUCUGUAUUAACAAUAACUGCAACAAUUGUCAGUAGUUGAAAUUCACACUUGGUAUUGUAUCGUUAGAUAAAGCAGACAGUGAGUGAGUGAGUGUGAGAAGGUUAUGUUUUCACCUCUUAGUGUAUGUACACAAUAAAUCAAGAAGGCUAAGAUGGAUUGUCUUGAU